AUGAGGCUCUGGGUGAUUCUCGGCGCCCUCGCGGUGGCGAUUCACGCUUCCCUCGCCGAAAUCACCAGGAACAAGAAUCGCGGAAGAGGAUCCAUGUGGUGGGGAAUCGCCAAGGCGGGCGAACCGAACAAUUUUUUGCCAAUGUCUCCGGCCUCCCUGCACAUGGAUCCCACGGUGUACGCGACCUUGAGGAGAAAGCAGAGAAGACUGGCCAGGGAAAACCCAGGGGUGCUGAUGGCCGUGGCAAGGGGCGCGAACCAAGCGAUCGCGGAGUGCCAGCACCAAUUUCGCAAUCGUCGAUGGAACUGCUCCACCAAGAAUUUCCUUCGUGGGAAAAAUCUCUUCGGCAAGAUCGUCGACAGAGGAUGCAGAGAGACUGCGUUCAUUUACGCCAUCACGAGCGCUGCCGUGACUCACAGCAUCGCGAGAGCGUGCAGCGAGGGCAGCAUCCAGUCGUGUUCGUGUGACUAUACGCACCAAUCGCGAGCACCGUCCGGCUCCCUUGAAUGGGAAUGGGGUGGGUGCUCCGACAAUAUCGGGUACGGCUUCAAGUUCUCCCGCGAGUUCGUCGAUACCGGGGAACGUGGUCGGAAUCUGCGGGAGAAGAUGAAUUUGCACAACAACGAGGCUGGCAGAGCGCACGUGUCCUCGGAGAUGAGACAGGAGUGCAAGUGCCACGGCAUGUCCGGCUCGUGCACCGUCAAGACCUGCUGGAUGAGGCUGCCGAACUUCCGCGUGGUCGGCGACAAUCUGAAGGAUCGUUUCGACGGCGCGUCACGCGUGAUGGUGAGCAACUCGGAUCGCGUACGGGGAAACGGGAACGCGAUAGCCAGCAACUCGGCCAGCAAUUCCGUGCACGGACACCGCGAUGGUCUUGGUCGUCGGCACCGGUACAACUUCCAGUUGCAACCGUACAAUCCGGAGCACAAACCGCCUGGACCGAAGGAUCUGGUCUACCUGGAGCCGUCUCCACCGUUUUGCGAGAAGAACCCGAAGCUGGGUAUCCUAGGUACACACGGGAGACAGUGCAACGACACAAGCAUCGGUGUCGACGGCUGCGAUCUGAUGUGCUGCGGCCGGGGCUACAAGACCCAGGAGGUGAUGGUCGUCGAACGAUGCGCGUGCACCUUCCACUGGUGUUGCGAGGUCAAAUGCAAUCUCUGCAAGCACAAAAAAACGAUACACACGUGCCUCUAG